AUGGUUCGCGACUUGGAGAUGAUCCACUCAAAUCUUGAGAACGUCUUGAAAACCCUCCAACUGCCCCAAUUACCGAAACUUGAAAGCCCCGUUCAAGUGCUCAUGUCCCCGACUUACGAGGAGCACGCUGAAUCUCGUCUGCCCGACGAAUUCGGACUAUCCCGUGACAGUUCUCCAAAACCAUCGCCGGAAGACGAUCACGAACUUCCAAAAGUUCCAAUCAACUCGGUAUACCAAUUGACGAAGCUCAGGGCGUUGCGCUCCCCGGACGAAAUCGAUAGGGGUGAAAACCCAAGGCGUCAUCAAUCCAAGAUAGAUGAUCUUAUCUCCAGAGGAAGCCUGCCUAUUGAAGACGCCGAACGCCUUUUCACUCUCUACAAAGACCAUCUUGACCCGUUCAUGUACGGAAUAGGUGGGCGCUACGACACACUCGAGGCGCUCCGCCAUGCCAGCACAAUACUUACCACCUGCAUAUUUACUGUCUCCGCACUGCACGAUCCCCAAAGCAACAAGAUCUAUGGAGUAUGCUACAAGGAGUGCCGGCGUCUUCUGGCUUCUUCAAUGUUCGACCGCCGAAUCGACGCUGAUUAUCUGAGAGCCAUGUGCAUCGCUUCCUACUGGCUCUCCGACAUCAGCUGGGAAGUUUCGGGCUGCGCGAUUCGGCGGGCUGCUGAGUUCAACCUCAUCAAGCACUUCAAAAAAGCAACCGAGGAAGGGAGCGAAGAAUCGGCGGAUUAUGUGCGUCUCUGGUACGUGCUACACAUCUGUGAUCAGCACUUGUCCACGUUGUACGGGAGACAACCAGUUAUUAGAGAGGACGUGGCCAUCCAGGGUUGGAAAACCUUCAUGACGAACUCUCCUCCAAACGCAGCAUCGGAAGAUACCAGGCUGGCCAGUCAGGUUGCGCUGGUGAAUAUCAUUCACACGAUCCGCGAUUUAUUCGGUCCCGACACUGGCGACCCAGUUCCUCAAGUAUACUCGAUUCAGAUCACCCAGUUUGCCCGCCAACUCGACCAGUGGGUCGGACACUGGUCUGGGGUCGUGACAGAUCACCACGAACGAAUAGGAAAAUUUCCUCGAAAGGGAGUCCUGUUACACUUCCACUUCGCCAAAUUACAUCUCUACUCCCACAUCUUCCGAGGGCUUCGCAAAGGAGACCCUGUACCAUCCUAUUUCUUGGAGCCAGCUUCUUCUGCGGCUUCGGCAGCGACUUCUAUCAUCGACCUCCUGAUAGCUGAUGCUGACAUCCAGCCGGCACUUGCGGGGAUGCCUUCCUACAUGCAUUCAAUGUCAGCUUUUGCAUGCAUGUUCCUGGCCAAGCUCGCCAUGAUCCAUGGCGACCAGUUGAUCGACAGACAGCAAGUGGUGGAUUCCAUAGUCAGACUGGCUGGCUUUUAUCGGUCGACCGCUGUGGGCAAAUGGCACUUGGUCAAUCUGAUGGCCGACGGCCUGGACAAGAUUGUGGAGACCUUGGGGGCCAAUGGGGCGUCUCUAUCCGGCCAACAACAAUCUCGCCUUGACCUGAGAUCUGCUCAAAGCGAAGAAGGGGACUUUGCCAGUUUGAUGAACCCCGCGUUUUCCGGUGAUGCUACAUUCGGCUUUGACGCGAACUUCCUGCUUGAUAGCAACAUGAGUCUUGGUGCUCCCGAGCUAAUGUACUUCAGUAAUGGCACCAAUAUGCCAGGGCUCACUGAUGACUUCAGCCCUACCAGCCUCUAA